AGGGGAAGGAGCUGGGAUUGGAAACGGAGAAGGGCCCUCGCUGCCCCGCCUCAUUACGCUCAGUGGACCCUGUCAGAGCGACCACCACCCUCCUCCUCGUCGUCAUGUCCUUGUACAGGAACUCUGUGUGGUUCGUAAAAGGGCUACGCCAGUACUGCCGGGGCGGCUAUGAAUCAGCAUCUAAGCGGUUUGAUCCAGAAGACUUGGAAGUAGAUGUAGCUGGAAGGUCUUUCAUGGUCACUGGAGCCAAUAGUGGCAUUGGCAAAGCAACUGCAAAAGAGAUAGCCAGGAGAGGGGGAGUAGUUCAUCUCGUUUGCCGAAACAAAGAUAGAGCUGAGGAGGCUAAAAAAGAAAUAACCACAGAAACUGGUAAUCAGGCUGUUUUUGUCCACAUUCUGGAUAUGUCUGACCCCAAAGGAAUUUGGGAAUUUGCUGAACAGUUCAAGAAGGAACACAGACUAAAUGUCUUGAUCAAUAAUGCAGGCUGCAUGGUAAACAAAAGGGAACUAACAGGAGAUGGGCUUGAAAAGAAUUUUGCUACCAACACUUUGGGUACAUAUAUUUUAACAACAGUUCUUCUACCUCUCUUGGAAAGAGAAGACGAUCCUAGAGUUAUCACUGUCUCCUCAGGAGGAAUGUUAGUUCAGAAAUUAAAUGUGUCAGACUUGCAAUCGGGAGAUGUGGCAUUCGAUGGGACAAUGGUCUAUGCGCAGAAUAAGAGACAGCAAGUAAUCUUGACAGAACGGUGGGCUUCUGUACAUCCCCGCGUUCAUUUUUCUUCUAUGCAUCCUGGCUGGGCAGAUACUCCAGCGGUGAGGACGUCCAUGCCAGAUUUCUAUGAGAAGAUGAAGAACAGAUUGCGGACAGAAGCCCAGGGGGCAGACACUGUGGUGUGGCUUGCAGUCUCCCCUGCAGCGUGCAAGCAAGCAAGUGGCCAAUUCUUCCAAGACAGACUGCCUGUUUCAACUCACUUACCACUGGCACAGACAAAAGCUUCACCUGGUGAUGAAGAAAAACUGAUGCAAGCUCUUGAAGAGCUCUCCCAGCAGUUUAAACCCAGAUAAUAGCUAAUUCCUACUUCCUCUCUAAGAAGAGUGCUAGAAGUAUAGCAACGUACUGUCAGUGGCAUCUUUCCAGACUGAAUUGGAUGAUCAACUAAGCAAAACUGUGCUACAGUUGGAAAGUUGUAAUUUGUGGAAAUUAUCAGAAUGCAGCAGGAAAACACAGCUGAAGAGUCACUUCCUGUAUGUUACUGUAUGCUGCAGACCAUCUGAUUUCCUCCAAAGAGAAUUGUGCACAGUUUCUAGAACAGGAUUCUGGAAAAAGCUGAAAAUAUGCAGAUACGGGCAGUUUGUUGCACUGGAACAUCUUCCUGAAAGGUCUGACAGUACUUCUGAAGUUUGUCUGAAAAACCCACUCAUUUUAAAGCAGAAGAAAGUGUGAUUGAUAUAGUAUAUUUCUACUUGAAGGAUAGGGGCAGCUAAAUUUACAUUCCUAGAGCCAUCUGAAUGCAUUAUUGCAAGCCUGACAUUCUAAGUUGGAUUGCAUUGCAUUGCUUUGCAUAAUUUCUCAACCACAGAAUUUAAGCUUUCCUAGACUUAGAACAUGGAAUAGUAGAGUUGGAAAGGGCUUUUAAGGCC